AGAGCAGGUCCCAUUCUCCAGCAUCACACAUCAGCACCAUCCUUGCCGUCUUCAAGCUUUAUAAAAAUUUUCCCUCAGAUGGAAUUGACUGCUGAAGUAGCUGUUACUGCUGACACUAAUGUUCAGGUUUUAAAUAGGAAACUGGAGCUAGAUCGAGUUUAUUCUAAAUUGGGUGAAAAUAUUACCAGAAUCUUUAGAGACUACAUGACAAAGGUUACCGAGUUUGAGGAGCUAGCUGAUGUGGGGAAGAGGUUUCUUACUGAAUUUCACAGGGUAACAGCAAUGUUUAGGACGGUUGAACUUCAGAAGACUUCAAACAACAUCAGUAGGAUAAUUGAUGCUAACUGGAAUGAACAUAUGAAAACUUAUGUUGAAGCAGGGUGCAAACAACAGUCGCAAAGUGUUCAAAAUAUGUAUAAUUCGCACUCUUGUGUUUUGGGAUUGCGAGACAAUUUGAAGAAUGCUGAAGCCUUGCUCAAUGAACUUGAUUGCCUAAAGGAAGAUGCAAUUGCUAUCACAGAAGCAGCAACCAAGAGUGCUACGGCUUUGGAUGACUCUUUUUGUGAAGAAAUGUUAAAAGAUAUUUCCUUUGAGGAAGGAAAGGAACCAUUGCCCAAGCAUCCUCAAGAUACAUCAAUAUCAGAAGUCAUGCUAAUGAAGAUCAUCAGUGAUAUGUUGAAGCUCGACUAUGCCAUGCAGAAAAAUAUUGUUUUGAACUUGAACAUUGGGACAAGUGUAUCUGAACUAGAAGGCUAUUGUCUCCUGUGGAAUCUGCAUCCAUACAUAGAUGAUGACAUUAUACAUCGGGCAUGGCAAUAUGUUCCCUCUCAUGAUCAGAGUUCGCGAUAGUAGGCACCUCACUCUUGCGUGAGUGAGGUGGAAAUGAGGGUAACUCAUGGCCUUUGGUUUCUUAAUGGAACUCCAUUAUCACUGAUUCCUUGGAGGUCUUGCUUUUGUCUGCUGUUGAGUUUCUUGUGUGGAUUCAAAUAGUAGGUUUGCCCUUUGAUCUUGUUCAUAGAGUGUUAUAUUCUCUAUUUUCAUACAUUUAAUAUUUAAUUGAUAUAUAUUAUGAUUUAUUAAGGCUUGGAGAUUAAUGCAUUUUGUGUUAGUAGGGUUAAGAUCAUGUGUAAGCUAUUUUUUUGAGAAACUGUGAAAAUUAUAUGUUGAUAUUUACAUAGAGAUGAUGAUUGAUAACUUGAGUUGUGAUGCAGUUAUUGAUCCA